AUGGCUGAAUCAGAACAAAAUCAGUUAGCCUCAAUUCCAGCUGUAAUCCCAGACACAUUUCCUCCAGAUGCCAAUCAUACUUGUUACCACCCUGCGAAUUGCGAAUAUGACAACGGCAGUCUCCCGCCCCUGUUGUUCCAGCUGGAUCCUCCGAAUCAGCGUCCAACAACACCAAUUCCCAAUAUGAUCGAGAAUGGUCAGGAGGUGAAUGAUUACGAUGGGGCAGUAAUUCGUGCCUUUCCGUUUCUGCCGCGCUAUAUAUCAGCGCGCCCGAUGGGCUGGCAGCUUGAGUACUGGAUGAGAUUGGACUCCCGAUUGACAUAUCGGGACAUCAAGGCUCGAAUGACAGUCGCGAAGACCGUUCUUCCAAGUGACAAUUCGCUCAAUAUGCGGCGGGAACGGGAAGCUCGUGCGCCUCUUGGUCUGUCAUGUUGGACAAACCGGCGCGGCGGAGUGACAAGGACGGAGAUAGAACGGGUAGACAAGUUGAGCCAGGACCAGGUGUCAUUCAAUACGACAAUGGACGUGGUUUACUUUGAUCAACCAAUAAAUGGGCGUAGAGCUGUGCCAAUGUGCCUUCGAGCCAAAAACCUAGCUGACGCACCGCCAAUCUACUACCAAUGUGAUUAUUUUCUCGUCGAUCAACAAUUUCACAUCCCAAGUGCUAGGCUGGCAGAGGCGCUGGCCGUACAUGGUCAACUUUUAGAAAAAGUUGCCAACUCUAAAGUCGACGACUGGCGCCAGCUGCCCUUGGAAAUGCUACCUCCUUCCUGGUUUAGAGAAACCCGAGGGGAGAGGCGAGGAGAUGCUCCCGAACCGAGCAACUAUCCUCCAGAAACAGAAGCCCAACAGACGCAAGGAAUGGGCGAACAGGAAAAUUCAAAUCUGGUUGGUUCCAACGAUCUUCAACAACACGACAGCGACCAAGGAGUUGGACCUCCUAGACUCCUCAGUCCGUUCCAGGAAUCUGCUGUCCAAGGGACCACCGCUCAAAGUGAUCAGACUACCUGGGCUGAUCAAGCCAAUAUAUCGAGCGGUUUCAAUUCUUCUAAUAAUUCCUGGGGAGGAAUGGGAUUUGGAGACCUGGAGAUUUCAACUGCUCCAGGGCUCCCAAGCAACUUUAUCACUCCGGGAACGGGAUUCGGGUGUGGUUCCAAGAACAACGGGUUGCCAUCCUUGGGGACCGAUGUUGGCUCCGCCGAUCAUUUCAACUCUCAGGCUAAUCUGCUUGCCUCUUGGAACCAAAAUACUUAUCAUCCAGGACAUGGCCAGCGCCUACAUCAAUCGUUCCCGUCAACCGCCAUAAGUGUAUUAAGCUAUAAUCUGCAUGCUACGGGUUCAAUAAAUCAGCAACAGGAGCAACAGCAACAACAACAAUGGCCCCUUUCGAUGAUGCAAACAACCUUAUCAAAUACUCAGUUCCUGUCGAACCCAUCAACAACACCGCAGCAAGUUUUUAGCUCAUCGCAAAUUCCAUUUGAACAAAAUGCUCCUGGGCAGGAUAUCCCGUCUACUCAGGAUAACCCAUCUACUCUAAUCAAUCAAAGACAGACGGAUGAAGGGUUUCACAGAUUCAACGGCUCUGGACCGUUUUCAAUACGCCAGAAUUCGAAUCAUCGACUGAACACUGACACAGACGUUAUCAUGCAACGCAAUAACCCCUUUGACCGCCUAGGAGAAGACAACCCUCAGUUUAGUUCUUUUGAAGAAUUCUUGCAGAGUGAAAUGUGA